UGCCCUGGCCCCUGGCUCUUGUUUUCUGUUCCUCCACACCUGACUUCUCUUCAUUGUCUCUUGUCCCAAAGAUGGUCUUACUUCUGGGAAUUCCUGACAUUCCUAAACUCCCCAGGCCCAGGUUCUCCCUCCUGGUUCGGAGGAGGGGGGCUUGUGCCUUGUUGCUUCUCCCCUCCCCCCAAGUUUGCUGGUGGAGGGAGUUGGGCCACUCCUAUACCCUGAGUCACAGCACAGGCUAGGCAGGGCUGCUCAGAGCUGGAGCUGUUCCUGUAGAAGCUGAGAGCCAAGGCAGGCUGCUUAAUCCGAUUACCCGAGGCCUGGGGCUUGGGCUGGGCCGUUGGGCAGAGUGGGGAGCAGGGUUCCCUCACAGCAGCCUCUGGAGCCCGGGGUCUGGCCUUCUUGGUGGUGUUCUGAUCUGGUUCCAGGCUUUUUCUCCGGCAUGCGCAUCACAGACCUCUUAACUUGGGGAGUUGUCCUGGGUUUCCUGGCUCCCCCCUCAUGACUUGGAGGACUGAAGAUAAAACUUGCCAUAAUUCAAUAGCAGUGGAGAAAUAUAGGUUUAGGGACUGGAGUUGGGAGGGCUUAAGUUUUCUCACUUGGGAAAGGGGUUGAAUCACGGCCCAAGCACCUGCUGGAAUGACUCAGGAAACAAAAAUGGUCUCCCUCCUCGGCCUUUCUUGCCCCAGGGGCAGGUCUGGGAUUUGAGGAGCAACAGGCACCAGGAAAGGGGUUGGGGGGGUGGUCCGGGAUGCGCCCAAGCUCCUCUCAGCACAACUCGGGCCCUGAGGGCACUUGAUCCCCCUGUGCUUGAUCCCAUUGUGGAAAGAAUUGGCUUUAAAUUGCCUUCGCUUCAGGGAGGGGAGGCAAUCAGCAACGGGCUGGAAGGCCUGACAUCAGGUCUUGGGUGGGGGGGCGUGGCACCCUGAGGGUGUUGGGGGCUGGGACAAACAGGACACCUGGGUUUACCUACAGGCUGCGGAUGUUGGCGCCCUUAAGGAGGUGCAGUCUUCUGGGAGGGACAGGGGCGGAGUCAGUCUUUAAAAGCUGUUCCCAGGUCUGGCCCGCCUGCCACAAACGCUGAGCCCAGGUGUUAGAGGUCUGUGGUAUCCGCGCCUGGCAGCUGUAGGAACUCCGGAGACCACAAAGGGGUUUAUGGUUCACCCCCUCCACGGAAGGUCGGUCUGAUCGCAGCUGCGGGUCGGGGAGAGGGACCGGGGGUCCCCCAGUCAGUAGGCCUCAGAGCACCUCUUCAGUGCCCGGGCACCAGACAGCGGAUUUUGCAUUCGACUCUCCCCAAAGUGUGCCGAAGUGGUUGGAAGCAAAGGCUCCAGUUUAAGCUCUGGGCUUGGGGAUAAAAUAUACUUUUUAAGGACCCAAGUUCCUCGGCAACGACUCCAGACUGGGAAGACCUUUCCAUUUUCAGGAUCGACGCUUCACGUUGAGGGGAGGGCAUUCAGGACGCCCUCUUAAGGCUUCUCCCAACCCAUGGCGCUACCAGGCUCCUCACAGGACCAGGCCUGGAGCCUGGAGCCUCCGGCUCCCACGGCUGCUGCCUCCUCAUCUUCGGGACCCCAGGAGCGGGAGGACGCUGGGAGCCCGGCGGCUCCCGGGGCGCUGCCCCUGGAGAAGGUGAAGCGGCCGAUGAACGCGUUCAUGGUGUGGAGCUCCGCUCAGCGCCGCCAGAUGGCGCAGCAGAACCCCAAGAUGCACAACUCCGAGAUCUCCAAGCGCCUGGGCGCGCAGUGGAAGCUGCUGGACGAGGACGAGAAGCGGCCCUUCGUGGAGGAGGCCAAGCGGCUCCGCGCCCGACACCUACGCGACUACCCCGACUACAAGUACCGGCCUCGGCGCAAGGCCAAGAGCUCGGGCGCCGGACCUUCCCGCUGCGGACAGGGAAGAGGCAACCUGGCCAGCGGCGGCCCGCUCUGGGGGCCGGGGUACGCGACCACCCAACCGAGCAGAGGCUUUGGGUACAGACCCCCCAACUACUCGACAGCCUACCUGCCCGGCAGCUAUGGCUCUUCCCACUGCAAACUGGAAGCCCCCUCACCGUGCUCCCUCCCUCAGAGUGACCCUAGGCUCCAGGGGGAGCUGCUGCCCACCUAUACCCACUACCUGCCCCCUGGCUCUCCCACUCCAUACAACCCUCCCCUUUCUGGUGCCCCCAUGCCCCUAACCCACCUCUAACCCUCAUGGACGCAGACCUCAGCGGACGGGCCUCAUCCUCCUUUUUUCAUCUAGCAGCAUCCCCUACCCCAGGCUGUCAACCCUUUCUCCUGUUGGACUACAGUUCAGAGGCAGCCUGCAGUCCUCCCAUGAUAGCCAGGGAGAGCCGCACAACAUACAGUUAUAUUUUUGGUAGUAUUAAACAGUUUUGUAUUAUUCAA